UGCCUUGUAGCUGUUUCAGUGGCAGCCACGCCCGUGGUCCUGGGCGCUUUGGGCUUCACCGCGGGGGGCAUCGCUGCCUCCUCCAUCGCUUCCAGCAUGAUGUCUGCCGCGGCCGUGGCCAAUGGAGGUGGAGUGGCUGCGGGCAGCCUGGUGGCCACGCUGCAGUCCGUGGGUGCUGCGGGACUCGCCGCAUCAACCAAUGCCAUCCUGGGAACAGCUGGGGCGGGUGUGGGUGCCUUGGUAGCUCGCCUAGGAAGAGGAGACAUUCUCCCUGCAGUGAAGCGCAUUGCUGAAGAGGAUCUCCUGGCAAACCCUCACCCUAACACAUUCCUGGAGAUGAAAUAUGAAUAUAGUCAUAUGCAAACAUGGCUCCUGUCUUCAUUUCCCAUUUGGCAUGUCUGCAUCGUCCACACUCUGGUGGGCUCAGCUCCUACUGAGAACAAAGCCACGUGA